AUGACUAGCUUAAGCGACAGAAUACGAGAUCCCCCAAUUGUGGUGGACAGGAGGAAUACGUCUCCUGCCUCUUCCACUUCGUCACCCGUUGUGGGUGAUAUCAACCGAAAGGUCCGUCGCUUCCAAAAGCUGCGAGCGAGCAAAUCCGCUUGGAAUAAUAAUCAUUCAGAAUCAUCGAAUUCUGAGAACCAUUAUCAGGUGGGAAAAUCUCCAAUGCAAAACCUGAAGAAACGAUUGAAGCAUCGCCGCGGCAACUCGGAGGCGUCGCCUGCCUCGGCGGAACCUCUCAAGCAUCGUCAAAUCCAAGGUGAUAUGAUGUCAUCCCCUGUGAUUACCGAGACGGAUUCUUCCUCUCACACAGAACCAAGACGAUUGAAGCGGGUCACAUCGAAAAUCAAAAAGACGACUUCCUUUCGUCAGAAACGAAAUAAGGGUUCCCAUCAUAACAACAGCAAUAGCAGCAACAAGGAAUCCAACAAGCCAAGACAAACAAAAGUCAAAAUGUCGUCUCUGGUCGCAAAAGCCAUGAGUACUGUCAGGACCCGCAAAGAACCAUCCUUGGUUCCAGAUAUCGACAAGAUUGUUCCAAACACGAUUGCCUCCAAGAUAUCGUCCUCUAUCCAAAAACGCCGAACGAGCACCAGCAGUCCUAGUAGUGUGGAACUCAGAAAGAAAGUUGCAGACAGUCCUUCUCCUCCUGCAAACACCACCAACAAACUAACAGCGGCGGAUCCCUUUAGCUCGGAUGCGUAUCGACCAGGUGGAAAGUCCAAAAAGAAGAAGAAAAAGAAACAAAAGAAGCCAGGUCAACAGCAACAACAAAGGGGAGAGCAGAAGCUACAUCAUAAUGGGGAAGAGCAAGAAUUGCAACACAAGGGGGAAGUAGCUCAACAACAAGAACAGCAACGGGAUCAAGAAGAAACGGAAUUCAUCAGCACAACUGAGACUGUGGAAAUACCUCUGGCUGAGAAGGACAAACGUCGACCUCCUUCAGUCAGUCGGGAAAGGAGGUCUACUAUGAGCAUUGCUGAUGUUGGGGAUGAUACAGCAGUAACAGCAACCGACAAGCCAAGGUCUGCCAGUCGGGAACGCAUGUUGCGGUCCAGCAAAGCUUCUUGGAAAUCCGACUCGGAUCUCAACAAGAAAAAUGAGAUCAAGAGAAAGAAGGCCAAGAAGACGGUUACAACGCUCGAGAAAUUCUUUCAAUCGGACGAGGAAGACGACGACAUUUAUGAUAGCGAAGAAAUUACGGUGGCAAGCAGUGAGGUGCCUCCACCAUCGCCAUCGCAAUGGAAGACAACCGUUUCCAUGAGAGGUUUCUUCAAGGAUUCCAUCUCUGAUGAUUCUUCAUCUGAGGAAGAAGACCUAAUGGAUAGCACUGAACUACUGAAAAGCAGUGAAACGAGACUUCCGCAGCCACCUCAAUUUUCUCUUUCGCCCAAAUCGCCCGAACAACGGGGUCGGUCUCCCAUUACCGGGGAGAGGGAUCGAUUGGAUUCUAGUGAAAUGCGGUUCCCUCAAUCGCCCAAACGAGAGCAGCAGCAAAUACACGAAAUUGAAUUGAGCGACCAAGUCUCACCAAACAAACGACGGUCUUCGCCGCCAACUCCCAAACAACAAAUGUCCGGGUUGGAAUUGACGCCCUUAUCACCGCAUGCUGUGCUGCGACAAUCUCCCAAGGGUCGACGGGUCAACAGCACAGACAGUAUGGUCAGUAUGACUGGUGAUGAGGAUGAUCCACCUCCUCCGGAGGAAGAUGUUACCCUUCGACGUAGCAACAGCCGGGACCGACUAUUUAAUAAAAAGAAGAAAGAACCGUGGGAGGACGUGCCGAUUCUUGAGGAGGAACUUCCGCCAGUUCGCAAGGCUUUGAAGAAGAAGGAUUUCGAAGCGAUUCUCAAAGAAAAACCAAAUGUUGCACAACAACUCAUGUCGCCAUUGCUGCGCAAGACCUUGAAGACGAAGGAUCCCAAGGAAGAAUCAUCGAGACCAGGCCGACCUGCCUUGAUUAGACGGAAUUCCGCGUCGUCGGCGCAAUCCAGACGCAAUCGUUCCAAGAGUAGGGAUCGAUCGACGGUCCUAGAGUCUCUCGAAAAUGUGGAAGCUAUGUGUCCUAGAGACGAACGUAUACCCCACUACGCGACACCCGUUCGUGGAGAACCACGAAAACCGGUUACUGCUUUGUCGUCGUUGGAAAAUCCACACGUAUUGAGAAGGGUGGCAUCGAGUUCGGAAGUCAGUCGCCAACAUCGCUCCUCCUCUCGCACAAGAACGCCUCGGUCAUCCUCCCAAAUGGACGAAUCUCCGUCUUCUCCCAUGUUGGAAAUGCAAGGGUCAAUAGAACAGCUAAAGAAAAGUGUGGUGCCACCAUUUCCUAAAGGAAAAGACACGAGAAAUCUUGCUGCUGCGGCUGCCUUGUUUAGUCCCAUUCAUCCAAGCGACGAUGAUAUUGACAGUGAUCCUGAGGAAGGUGGGUUGGCCAUGGGCACUACGGGCCGACGCACGAAUAACAAGCACCGACGCGCGCAAUCAGCGCAAAAUUUGCCCAUCGGAAGGUCGUCGUCCUCCCUAUCGUCUUCCUCUUCCACUUUUCGUAAUAUUCAACAAGAAUCCCAGCAGAAACAUCAAAGGAACUUAUCUGGGCGUGAAAACUUGAUGGAUGUACUCUCUCUAGCAGGGGGUGACGGGGAGAUGGCUGGUUUCUUACAUUCACAUCACUGA